UAAGUACACCAUGUUACACCAAUUGUGUGUGCUGACACCCGAUCGCUCAGUCGCGGGAAACUCGUCGAAAUAGUCGCUUCUUGUGUUGAAGAUCGGUUGAAUUGAACAUGAACAUCGAAUGGGCUCCUCUCCGAGUUCCGAUGAACCGGCGGCUGCAGACCCUGGUUACGGCGUUCUUUACCUAUACUUUCUUCACGCUGCCCAUCUCAUCCUGCCUCGCAGUUGCUAUCCUGCUGUAUUACGGCGAAAUGUUCGUGCGUAGUCUACUUCUUAUUUAUUUUGUAAUAAUUUAUUUGGAUUAUAAAAGAAACUACGGCAUUAUGGAAGGUAAUGGCUGGUUAUUCUACCGCGGCAUUCGGAGAUAUCGAGACUAUUUCCCCGUCGAACUUGUGAAAACCGCUGAGCUGCCUCCCAACAAAAACUAUAUCAUAGCAAGCUUUCCGCACGGAAUACUUGGAACUGGGACUUGUAUUAACAUGAGCCUGGACAUCGGGAACUGGCUAUCCCAGUUUCCCCAUGUUCGACCCAAGAUCGCCACUCUUGAUCAUCACUUUAAGACGCCUUUUCUGCGGGACAUAUUGCGCUGGUGGGGAAUGGUAUCGGUUUCCAAGGAGUCUCUGGCCUAUUUACUCAGCAAGUCAAAUGAUCCGAAGCACAAGGACAACCGGGAUGGUUUCACAUCCAAUGCGGUGGCCGUACUUGUUGGUGGUGCCAAGGAAGCCAUGGAUUCGCAUCCGGGACAGUACAUUUUGACCCUCAAGGAUAGGAAGGGUUUCGUUAAAAUGGCCAUUCGAACUGGAUCGUCGAUUGUGCCCUCGUUGUCCUUUGGCGAGGUGGAUAUAUUUGAUCAGGUGUCCAAUCCUCCGGAUUCCUCGCUCCGUCGCUUUCAGAAUGUGGUCAAGAAAUUUACAGGCAUUUCACCACUUCUUCCCAAAGGUCGUGGUAUAUUCAACUACAACUAUGGCAUACUGCCCCAUCGACGACGUAUUGUCCAAGUUGUUGGGUCCCCCAUCGAUGUGACAAAAUGUGAUACUCCCGAUCCCGAAUAUGUGGACAAGAUUCAUGGGCAGGUGAUCAGAGCGUUGGAGAAGAUGUUCGAUGAAUACAAAGAGAAGUACGCUCCAAACUCAAAGCAGACCAAACUGAUAAUACAGUAAAAUAACUCAGACUGUGAUUUUUGAACGGAACAAAGUUUUAGACUAUUUUAAAGAAGGAGAAUGUUUUGUUUUGUU